AUGGCCUCCUUUGAGCGCAUCAUUCUCGACCCCAAGUACAAACAGCCCCUCAUCCUCCUCAAAGCCAUCCGCAAUGGCGCCGUCUAUGGCACAAAAGUGCGCUUCCCCCACGCGCUGGUCAUGAUCUUCCUCUUCCGGUCCGGCACCAUCCAAGAGAAGGUCAAGAUGGUCUUCAGAGCAACGCGGCAACACGCCAUGAACCUCGCCAAGUUCGCCCUCCUAUACAAGAGCAGCAUGCUGGCGUUGCGCAACGUCAACGGGAAAGAGCAGCCCAUACACAGCUUCCUCGCGGGGCUCUUCGGCGGAUACUGGGUCUUUGGCCAGUCGUCGAGUAGCGUCAACCAGCAGAUCGUCAUCUACGUGUUUGCGCGCGUGGUGCUGGCGUUGGCCAAGCUGGCAGUCCAGCCACCCGGAGACAACGCGCUCGUGGGCAGCCAUUACGGAGGCCACGGCGGUAUCGGGGUCUUCAAACUGUCCGAGGACCAAGUCAAGACGAUACAAAAAUAUGCCUGGCCCGCGUUCGCCAGUAUCAGCUGGGCCGGCGUCAUGUGGUUGUUCGAGGGAUACCCCGAAACACUGCAGCCCAGUCUGCGCAGCAGCAUGACUUAUAUAUAUGCCAACUCGGAAAAAUGGGACUCGUCGAGGAAUUUCCUCUGGCACAACAAAUGA